CAGAUUGAGACGCUGCGAGUCCUCCCUUUUUUCAGCCUUCCUGAUCCUCCACUCUGCAGCUCCUCUGCCCUCUCGUUCCUGACAUUAUCCUGUCUUUAAAUGUUCUUUAUCCAAGCUCUUCUUCUCCGAGUGAUCGCCUCCUCUCCCUGCUGAUCUCGGAGCAGCUGUACCGGAUCAAUCUCUCCAGCUGUGUGCCUCUCCAGUCCCGUAGGCAGGGUCGGCCAUGUUGUUGUGUGGGGGUUGAUGCAAGUUUAGUAGUAAGGAAGUAGAGGCUACAAAGAGCUGGGACACUUCAGGAUCUCACUUUUUUUUUGUAAUGCUGCAGCUGGAUUAAUCCUCUGUGAUGACAAUGACUGUGUCCUCCAUCCUCACAUAUUUCACUUCAGCCUUAAAUCUGACCUUAGUCUCUCUGCUGGAGGCAUGAAGUGAGGAUGAGGAAGGUUCGGUCCCGUUUGGAAUAACUCGGAUUUUUUUUUUGUCCCGGAUCUGAUCGGGACAAGGAGGGAAAACAGGAGAUAACACAAUAAGACGAACGUGGAAUUCUGAAGGCAGGGCGAGACGAUGGGCUGCAUAAAGAGCAAAGAGGAUAAAGGCCCUACGAUGAAGUAUCGGCCAGAUAAUUCCACAGCGUCAGACCCCAACUCCACCAUCACCACACCUCACGUGGGUCACUACGGACCGGACCCCACCCAGCUGCAGCAGAACCAAGCCCCCUCCUCCUCCUCAGGCUCUGGGACUGGGAACUUCAACCACACCCUCAUGCCAUUUGGAGGCUCGUCUGCCAUGACUCCCUUUGGAGGGGCGUCGUCCUCCUUCACCGGCCCUGUGUCCAACUCGUUCUCUGGCGCCGUCUCAAGUGGUGUUACAUUCUUUGUGGCCUUGUAUGACUAUGAAGCUAGGACAACUGAUGAUCUUUCAUUUAAAAAAGGAGACCGCUUCCAGAUCAUCAACAAUACAGAGGGAGACUGGUGGGAGGCCCGCUCCAUCAAUACCGGGAGGAAUGGCUACAUCCCCAGCAAUUAUGUGGCCCCUGCUGACUCCAUCCAGGCUGAAGAGUGGUACUUUGGUAAAAUGGGACGCAAAGAUGCUGAGAGGUUGCUGCUGAAUCCAGGAAACCAACGAGGAACUUUCCUGGCACGAGAAAGUGAAACUACUAAAGGUGCUUAUUCUCUCUCCAUUCGAGACUGGGAUGAAACCAAAGGGGACAAUGUGAAACACUACAAGAUCCGCAAGCUUGACAGCGGUGGAUACUACAUCACUACCCGAGCACAGUUUGACACACUACAGAAGCUUGUCAAACAUUACACAGAGCACGCCGACGGGCUUUGCCACAGGCUGACCGCGGUUUGCCCGACAGUCAAGCCUCAGACCCAGGGGCUGGCUAAAGAUGCCUGGGAGAUCCCCCGGGAGUCCCUGCGACUGGAGCUCAAGCUGGGCCAGGGCUGCUUCGGAGAAGUCUGGAUGGGCACUUGGAACGGCACCACUAAGGUGGCCAUUAAGACGCUGAAGCCGGGCACCAUGUCGCCUGAGGCCUUCCUCCAAGAGGCUCAGAUCAUGAAGAAGCUCAGGCACGACAAGCUGGUGCCUCUGUAUGCCGUGGUGUCCGAGGAACCCAUCUACAUUGUCACAGAGUACAUGGCCAAAGGAAGCUUACUCGACUUCCUCAAAGAGGGCGACGGCAAAUUCCUGAAGCUCCCCUUGUUGGUGGACAUGGCUGCACAGAUCGCUGAUGGAAUGGCUUUCAUCGAGAGGAUGAACUACAUCCACAGGGACCUGCGCGCCGCUAACAUUCUCGUGGCCGACAACCUGGUGUGCAAGAUCGCCGACUUUGGUCUGGCCAGGUUGAUAGAGGACAAUGAGUACACAGCCAGACAAGGAGCCAAAUUCCCUAUUAAAUGGACGGCCCCAGAGGCUGCGCUGUACGGCCGCUUCACCAUCAAAUCAGACGUCUGGUCCUUUGGGAUCCUUCUCACCGAGCUCGUCACCAAAGGCAGAGUGCCCUACCCAGGCAUGGUGAACCGUGAGGUGCUGGAGCAGGUGGAGCGCGGCUACCGCAUGCCCUGCCCCCAGGGCUGCCCUGAGUCCCUGCAUGAGAUGAUGAAGCACUGCUGGAAGAAGGACCCCGACGAAAGGCCCACCUUCGAGUACCUGCAGUCCUUCCUGGAGGACUAUUUCACCUCCACAGAGCCUCAAUACCAACCUGGAGAGAACCUAUAGCCUGCCUUCACUCUGAUACGUAUCCCUACGCCUGGAAGCACACUUGCUUGAAGACAUGAGCUCUUAAAUAUUGAAGUCAAUUGGAAACCAGGAUAACCAGUUGCAUUAACCACUACUUGUUCUACCAAUUUUAGAUUUUUUUUCUCACCAUUUCAUUUUACUUUCUGAUUUUUUUGUUUUCAAUCAUGGUACUAGGAACAUCUGUGUGAAAUGUUUGUAUCUUUAUUUAAUCUCCGUGUACAUUAAUGACUGUUGGGAAGAAACAAAAUCAUUUCAGUUGGGAUUUAAAUGCGCUACAUGUUGAAUUUUUCUUAUGAACAAAGUAUAUUCCUGUAAAAAAACAAGCUGUGACAAAACCUUACAACAGAAAAAGACAAAUCUUAAAUAGCAGACCAACAGUUGGGCUUUUAUGUGGUUUAACGUGGAGCUUUCACACUGCACUCGACCCCAAAUUGUAUUCUUUUGUAGUAAAUGGGUAAAUUAUGCAUUGGAACGAUUAAUUAUUAACAGAGAUAAUAUAUUAAACUAAUAGAGAGAAGCUCUCUGGGGACUGAUGGUCAUUAUCACGGUCCAAUUACAGUGAUUAACAACCACACAGCUUAACUUUGGUUACAUUUCAUCAGCUACAGUGCAAUGUUUGUGUGUUUCUGUGUAUUUUAUGAAUUUCUAACAUUUUGCCUUUUAUAUCAUUUUCCUUAAUAUCGAAUGAAUUAUCACAUUUUAUUCAUAUCACAUGUUUUGUGUUUUUUUUUUUGCUUCAUUGGAAGACUUUCCUGACUGUCUUAUCAUCGUGCAUAAAUCUCUGCUUGGACUUUUUAUAAUAAUGCCAUAAGUCUUUAUGUUCAUCGCUGCCCUGGUUGUAUAAGCUGACUGCAAUCACCACAGAGACACGCUUACAUGAAAACAGUGUGUAAUGUGUCAGUGAGUUAAACAGUGAUGAACCUCGUGGACUUGCUGCUUCUUGCCAAGCCACAAUGACAUUUCAUGAAAAAAGCCACCAUAGAAACUGGUUGGAAAAACAUUUUUCUAUCUUCUACAAUAUGACUGAAUGAAGUGCUUGGGACUCUUUCCUGCUCAUGUAUCUAAGGUGGCUCUGCAGAAACUUUGUAUAGCAAUGUCGACAGUUUUUUACAGUCCUUUUAUCUUUGCAUUUGGUUCCUGUAUUGACUCUUUGGGGCAGUAUUAUGGUGGGUAUAACACUAAUUGAUGACAGAGCUCGUAAAGAAGGGCUUUGUAUAUUAUACAAUCCUCAUUUUGUAAGAUUAUUAAUAAAAUGGACAUGAUUGCAAAUUAUAUUUGGGAGGGAGGUUGUGGGUGGAGAGGAAUUUGUACAAUAAAGACGUGAUUUUACAAA